AGAGGAAACUGCAUUGCAAUUUACAACACACCCACAAACAUGAAUGUAGAGGAAGUCUUCCACAUGAACGGAGGCGAUGGCGCCAACAGCUACGCCAAGAACUCUCAUUUCCAGAAGAAGGCUUCUGAGAUGGUGAAGCACAUAACUAUCCAGACGAUCCAACAAGCCUACCUCUCGAUCCGGCCCAAUAGCUUCGGGAUAGCCGAUUUGGGCUGCUCCUCCGGCCCCAAUACGCUCUCCAUCGUCACAGAUUUGGUGGAAGCCCUCGCCCGGGAAAUCACCCCGCCGCCGGCCGAGAUACGCGUCUGCCUCAACGAUCUCCCGACUAACGACUUCAAUUCCAUUUUCAGAUCCCUCCCGGAGCUCUACCGUCAACUUCGCAAGGCCGGAACCGACGGCGUCGCCGGUGGGUCGUCGACCGUUUUCGUUUCUGCUCAUCCGGGGUCGUUUUACGGAAGGGUUUUCCCCACUUCUUCCCUCCAAUUCGUUUACUCUUCGUACAGCCUUCACUGGCUAUCCAGGGUGCGAGUUAUGCAGAAAUCAUCAUAAAGCCCUCAUCUUUUCCCCCACUUCCUCUGUUUUCGCCUUUCAGUCUGAUUUUGGUUCUGAACUACACUGCCAAAAUUCUGCCCGCAGAUACCUCCAGGGUUGUAUGAUGAACAAGGGAAAUCAAUCAACAAAGGGAAAGUCUACAUUGCUGAAUCCAGUCCACCGAGUGUAUCCAAUGCGUACAUAGAUCAAUUCAAGGAGGAUUUCGCUUUGUUCCUCAGGUCGCGAGCAGAGGAGCUUGAUGCCCAUGGGAGAAUGGUGCUGAUCUUGACCGGGAGAAUCGGUCAUGACCAUGUGGAUAGAGGGAAUUCGUUGUUAUGGGAGCUGCUCUCUAGAUCUUUAGCCAUUUUAGCUGCUCAGGUACUGAAUGAUAAGGGAUUAGCAUCGUAUAAACCGCAAAUUUUGGAACGUUUUAGUAACCAUUUUCUUAUUGCAGGGGGCUAUUGAGGAAGGGAAACUUGAUUCCUAUGAUGUGCAUUUCUAUGCACCAUGUAGGGGUGAGAUUGAAGCUGAGAUCAGGAGAGAUGGUUGGUUUCAGUUGGAGAGGUUCGAGACAUUUGGGAUGGAAGUGAAAUUUGAUGAGGCUAAAGAGAGCUUUGGCAGAGAAGUUGCGAGGACUGUUAGGAGUGUACAGGAAUCGAUGUUGGGACACCAUUUUGGGGAAGGUUUGAGCGUGGACAGUUUGUUUGACAUCUUUGCUAGAUUGGUGGAUGAAGAAAUGGCCAUUCAGGAAAUCCAGCCUGCUAAUUUCAUCCUUGUUCUUAGAAAACUAUGAAAGCUGAUUCUCUGGUGAUCAAUAAUAAAUUAUGGUCCCAGUAAUCUUGAAUGGUUGCGGUAGUUUAUUGCAUUGGGGUGGGUGGUAGCAAAGCUCUCUUUUAAGUCGUUUUCUGUUUUCAUUUAUCUGGAAUCAUAUAAGUACACUUUAUGCCCAUCAAUCUUGUAAACUAUGUGCGGGUUCAUAGAUUAGUAGAUAUUAUAUGAAUUAAUAAUUUGGAUUUGUGCUG